CGGACUGUCAGUGUCGCCAUCUCCCGGGCUGGCAGUGUCGCGAUCCCCCACGUCUCCCGGGCUGUCAGUGUCGCCAUCUCCCGGGCUGGCAGUGUCACGAUCUCCCACGUCUCCCAGGCUGGCAGUGUCGCGAUCAUGGCCGUGGAAACAGAGUCGCUAUGAAUAGCCGUGUGUUUGAGAGGAGGGCGGGAAUUCUGUGCGGAAGUGUUACAGGAAUGACGGGGACAGAACAGUUGAAGGAGAUUAUAAAGGAGACUUUUGUUGAGUUUGAAGACAAGAAUUUAUGGAUCUGUAUGGCGACCAUCUUCUUUAAUCCUCUGUUUUGGAAUGUGGUUGCCAGAUGGGAGUAUGAAACUCAUGCCCUGUCCAGUUUACUGGGGGGUCCGAAGAGGGCCUGCGUGUUGCUGGCCGGUACUAUCGUCGGUCUGGGGUUCUUCAGAGACUGGUGGUUUAAGCUUGCCUGUGAUAGCCAGCCAGAGUGGCCGUUUUUGUAUGACAACAAUUACUUGUUCCUUGGUUACGGCUGCAUUCUGAUUGGCUCCGUCCUUGUCUUCUCCAGCUAUUGGGCGUUGGGAUUUUUUGGAACAUUUCUCGGUGACUAUUUUGGGAUUUUGAUGGAUGACAAAGUGACGGAUUUCCCUUUUAAUGUCAUAGACAAUCCCAUGUAUUGGGGGUCAACGCUGAUCUUCGGAGGAACUGCGCUAGUGAAAGCGAGUCAAGCUGGCAUUUUGUUGACCUGUUUAGUCGGCCUUAGUUACAAAAUCGCCAUCUUUUUUGAGGGACCUUUCACAUUAAAGAUAUACAAUGAAAGUAAGAGAGCGUAAGACGCCACGUCACAAGAGGAGUGGCAGCAUUUAGGGAGUUCGGGAGUCAUGGGUGUAUAUCUACCUCCAAACACAAGAGAGUGCCGACAGAUUCGUCUGAGCGUGUGUUGUUUGACUGCAGUGAUCGUUUACCUGUGUGUUGUGAUAUUCAUUAUGUGUAUAAGCAUGUACUUAACAGUUUAAAUUCUCAUCAGGAUUCUACGAGCUUUGGUGCCUUACCAAUACGCAUUGAGACCACUUCAUCAAUUGUGUACUUUUUACAACAGUUUUCAAAGUGUGUUAAAAUUUGGAACCAGCUCUAAAUUUUUAAUUUUUUUUCAAAGUGCGAUGAUAAAUGAAUGGAUCACCUGUGUACUUUGAAUUUCGGACCUGCUCAGUCCACUUUGAAAUUAUAUAAAUGUGAAAAAUAA